CCAACUCACCAGUCUGACCCUCUUUACUGCUCUCAGUCUGGUGAUUUCAUCAAGUGCACAAUCUAAUCCUAAUCUUGUCCAUCUGGUUUGAACCCCAUUCUUUGAGGCAAUAUAAAAGCUCUCCACUGCAAGAAGAGGAGGACACAAGCUGGUAGAACCUCUGGAGUAAAGAGAUCAGCUGGCCUCAUCAUCCUGCAACAAUGAAGUUCACUCUAGCUAGCCCUAGCACUCUAGCCCUUCUGAUGCUGGUUAUUUCUCACGGCACUGAGUCUGCAUCUAUGGUGAAGCGUGAUGUGCCCGCGGAGAUUGAGAAGAUCACCAAGUACCUCCAAGACCUGAGCAGCAUGCUCACCACCAACACCGCUGAACUGGUGGAGAAGAUUAAGGCCGCUGACCUGACCAGCCAGGCUGAGGCUUACCUUCAGGAGGUCAAGGCUCAGGUGCAGCCACUGCUGGAGAAGGUCCAAGCACAGCUGAAGCCCCUGACAGCCAACAUUGAUGAGAAGCUCAAGCCCCUGUCCGGACCCAUCCUGUCCCAGAUCCAGCCUCUCGCUGCCUCCGUCGAGGCCCAGGUGGAGGAUCUCCUCAGGAAGGUGAUGGACCACACCAAGGCCCUGCUCCCUCCUCAGUAAAUCAACAGGCCCCUGUUGACUCCAAAUGUGCAUGAUCUUGAAGACAAAAACUUUUGUUGUGGCAUCAUGUCAUGUAUCACUGCUAUGCUGCUCUGCUGAGCCCCUCUCAGCCUUGGAAUGAGUUUACUGAUUAUUUAUCUGAAUCAUUAAAACGCUUCAGAGGUGACCAUC